CGGUCCGCUGGCGGGGAGAGUCACGUGCAACACGGAGUUGCGGGUAGGCGGUGGGAGCUCUUUAGUGGAAUCGAGGAGCUGCCUGCUUUGUAGUUGGUUCAAGGUUCGUGGGUUGCAGCUUCCAGGCUGUCUGCUUGUAGUUAGUCACUAUGUCGCGUUAUGUAGUUCUUCACUCUGCUGCACUGCUCGUUGCAGCAUUGUCACUUAUUCAAGCAGUCAAGAUUGAAGUCCAUGGCAAAGAUAACAAAACCUGUAUAUAUGCUGUACUGUCUGUUAACUUCACUGUCCUUUAUGAAGGAAAUGGGACAAUGGAAAAUGCAACUUUCCAGUUGCCAGAUUCACUAUCCACUAAUGGAAGCACAUGUGGUGGCAACAGUUCAGCUCCCUUGUUGAACAUGGGCUUUGGUACUGGUCAUUCCUUGAGCUUAAACUUCUCUCGUACUGAUGGCAAAUUUAGUGGCGAUGUAUUGACUUUCACUUACAACACCAGUGAUGCAAAACUCUUUCCUGGAGCAAUAAACCAAAGUAUGACUUGUGUAAAACUUGUGGUUGUGAAUUCCUUGAUGGAAUCUGUACCCCUGAACACAAUCUACACAUGCAGAAGUGUUAAAGCUAUUGCAAGUGAAGCAGUUGUCAUGAUUUUCUGGCAUGUUGGUAUUCAAGCCUUUGUGGUGAAUGGAACAAUCAGCAAAAAUGAAUCCUUCUGUAAAGCGGAUGUGUCAACCACUGUUACACCUAUUACAACACAGGCAAGUUCCACUGUGGCCCCAAUCCCAACUGAGCCAUCUCCAGACCUGCCAGCAGUGGGCAAUUAUACCAUUAAGAAUGGAAGCGAUCCUUGUCUCCUUGCUAAUAUGGGACUACAGCUAAACAUUACCAACAAAGAUAACCAGACACAUGUAAUUAAUAUAAAUUCCAGUUCUACUGCCAGUGGCCGCUGUGGGGAUAAACAUUCAGUCCUCGUCCUAGAAGAUACAGAUGCAACCAUUUGGUUUCAUUUCUUUGUGGAGCAAGCAAAAUUCUUCUUGAAGGAGGUGAAAGUUAACGUAACAUUGCUUUUAAAUGGUUCCACAACUACAUUUAACUGCAGCAAUGGUAGUCUUAAGCAUUGGCAGGCAUUUGUUGGAAGUUCAUACAUGUGUCGCAAUGAACAGCAGCUAGUUGUGACUGACCAAUUGGCUAUUAAUACAUUUAAUGUAUGGGUCCAACCAUUUGACGUCAAGAAUGGAACCUUUUCCAGAGCUGAAGAAUGUCUUGCUGAUUCUGACCUGGGUUUUCUGGUACCAAUCGCUGUUGGAGCUGCACUGGGCCUAUUAAUAAUUCUUGUCAUCAUAUCUUAUGUAAUUGGACGAAGGAGGAGCCAGACUGGCUACCAAUCUGUAUAAUCAAUUAUAUUAAGAAGGAACUCUCAUUUGCUGUCUGCAAGCUGUCCUGCUUUUUUUGGGAUUGGCUGAAAUCCUGACUAAUAGGCUUUUUGUCUUGCUUCCUUAACUUAAUGCUUAAGCCAUUUAAUGUGGGGGAAUUGAUUUUUCAAUUUGUUUUUACAGGUAAUAUUGAAUUUCUCCUUUUCGCAUACAGGUUCAGGAAUGGGCUGAAUAUAUCUGCUAAAUCAGUAGUACACUCACUUGUAAAUCUUCUUUUGGUUAACAUCUGGGAUGUAACUAUUUGGCUUUACUUGAUCUAAAAGUUUAGAAGCCAAAAUUAUGUCACCUCCACCGAAUUGAUAAGAGCAAUAAACAAAUGGGCUUGUGACAAUGAACUGUUUAACUUUUUUAUUAGAACACUCUUAUCCAAAUUAAGGUAACAGUUCAAUUUACAGAUAAAAUGCUACUUGCAUCUUUCAACCUUCACCUUACCAGAAGCUUGUAAUGACACAGCAGUAGCUACGUUUAACAAACAACAAUGCAAAAUACUUUGCAGAUAAUAGUAAUCAAUCACUCACUUUACCUACUUCAUAAUUCUUCAAUAGGAUCUUUACCUCUCAUUGACUAUGCCACCACUGGGGGAGAAUUCUAAUUGGACAAACCUAGAACAUUUAUUAUUCAAAACUAAGCUAUUAGCCUUUGAUACUAAUGACUGGUGUAACUAAAUCUCUUGUAAAGGAGGAAGUAUAAUAGGAUAAAAAUAUAUUUUAGCAUCUCUUUAAGCUUUCAAAAUUCUUUUCAAGAACAGACUGGUGCUUGUCUGUGGAUUUUUUUUCAAAAAUACUUUGGUAUCAGGCCACUAGUAUUUAUUGAUGGGUCAUUGUGGGAAAGCAGUGAGACUCGAAUUUUAAGGGAAUCUGGAAAAUUUGCCUUUUAUUUUAAGGCUUGAGCAAAGCCAGGAGGGAUAACAACGUACAAGAACCUGUAUCCCUCCCAAAAAGAUGGCACAAUGAUCUAGCACUGCUGCCAAGCAGUGCCAGGGAUCUGGGUUCGAUUCCAGCCUCUGGCAACUGUCUGUGUGGAGUUUGCACGUUCUCCCACUGUCUGUGUGGGUUUCAACUGGCUGCUCCGGCUUCCUCCCACAGUCCAGAGAUGUGCAGGUUAGGUGGAUUGGCCAUGUAAAAUUGCCUGUAGUGUUCAGGGGGUUAUGGACUAGGACGGUUACAGGGGAGAUGAGUCUGGGUGGGAUGCUGAGGUUCAGUGUGGACUUGUGGGAACAGGCCCUUCGGCCCAACGUUGUAGGGAUUCUAUGAGAAGGGUAGAUUUUGGUUUAAAUAAUACUUUGUAUAAUUUGUUAAAUUGUACAUUAGUUCCCAAAGUCAAUGAACUUUUAUUUAAUGCUGAAUUUACAAGUUUUUGGUCUAUGCUGUCUGAGUUCAAGUUUUUUUUUGUUCAUCUAGAUGUAGAGAAGUAAGUCUAUUUCAUCUCCAUCCAAGUUUUUUUUCCCCCCCUAAGUAUUUAAUGGUUUCACACUCUCCUUGCUCACCCUGAACUUCAGAACUGAGCAAUAGCUCAUCUUGCCUCUAUCAUCAAGACUACUUUCAGUUUCCAAGCUUUUACCUGCCAUACUGCUGUAUUGUAACACUUGCGUAUAUAUGUGCUUUAGCCUUUUGUUCACACCUCAGUUUUUUGAACUCUACCCUCUUCAUCCAAUUAAUAAUUGACAAACAGUUUUAAAAUCCUUACUUUUCUUCAAGCUCCUCUUUUUUUCCUCCCCUAUUGUAGCCUAGCCAUCUAUUUUUUUGAUUAAAAGAACAGUCCUACUGUUAAAUAUCCUAAGUGCUUCAUUGUAACAUCAAACAAAAUCUGAUACCAAGUCAUGGGUAGAGUAGUAGGUGAAGGACUCUGGUCUGAAGUCUUUCUUUAUUUUAGAGGUAUUGGUGCAGCUGCUGAUGAAGGAUGCUUCUUGGUGGAUGUUGGCUGAGAACAAAGUUUGCAGUGAAAUUCCCAAUGUAACUUAAUCUAUUUUCUUUUUUUACUAGCUGUCUAAACUAAGCAAAGGUUUAGAAUUUCCUUGUUUGUUGUGUUUCACCUCUGUAUUCACGGAUAUCCAUGUUUUUGUUACCUAAUUGCUUCCAAAGUACCAAGGUUGUCGUCAUUGUCACUUUCCAGAUCAUAUGUGUAUAAUCUAUCCUUUGACUUGAAUUACUAUGACAAAACUUCAAUCUAUUUUCAGGUGUGGGAAGAGAUUGAAUAGAAAUUUUAAAAUGUGAUUUUAAAUCUUAGAUUACCCACACAGCCAUGCAAGGGUAACAAUAAAGAUGAACCAGUGUUCUGUCAA